UUCAUAAGGGUGGAAAAGUAAGUCCAAACCAUUUGUCUAUCCAAAUCUACAUACUCUAAUUGAACUCAAACACGUCUAAUUAUUAGUUGGAUUAAAUGGAUAUCGACUCAAUUAGACCCAGUAAUUAUUGGAUUUUAAUUAAAAACCCAUUGAUAUCCAUUUAACCUAAAAACAAUGUAUUCAAAUCCAAUCAAGCCCAUCCCAUUCAAAAAAAAAAAAAAAACCUCAGGCGUGUUUUCAGUUUCCUCCAUUUUCUAGGCGUCCAAACACUUCUCUCUCUCCAUUGUCUCCAUUUCCGAUCUGCUUGGUUUCUCUCACAUCAAAGCAGCUCUAACUCGACUCUCAUCUCCUCAAUCAUCGUCGCCUCAUCUCAUUCGCCGCCGUGGCCUCGCCGGCGCCGCUGGUAACUUUUUCGCACUUACAUUUAUAUCUAAGCAAUGGCCUCGCCGGCGCAAUGGCUACUGUGGCAGCAGCAGCAGCUCGUAGAGCCGCAGCUCUAACUCGCCUCUCAUCUCCUCAAUCAUCAUCGCCUCAAUCAUCAUCGCCUCAUCUCAUUCACCAUCGUGGCCUCGCCGGCGCCGUUGGUCCCAAAUAGUUGAAAUUCAAUGAUGGUGUUCUCUAGACGUUACAAUUUGAUGAAGAGGCCAAGAAAUUGAUCAAAGAUUGGAAUUUUCUCGGGAAAGUUAGAGAGGGAAAAGGGAAUUCAAGAAAGUGCUGAGAAAAUAAAAAUGAGUACAGAUUUAUAUUCGGAGCGUCCAUUGUAUGGCGGUGCGAUAUCUAGUACAUUCCCUAAUAGAUUCCAGGACGUGAGCAAUAUUCGGCAAGUCCCUGAUCAUCAGGAGGUGUUUGUGGACCCUGCUCGUGAUGAGAGUUUGAUUUUCGAGCUCUUAGAUUUGAAGCAUGAAGUUGGAGAUGAUGGAAGUGCUGUCUGGUUUCUUCAAGACCUUGCCACUGAGCAAGAAGCUGAAGAAGGCAUGGUGAUUGAGCAGUCUGGAGUUAUUGACGCCCCUGGGUUGUGUUACAGAAACAUACCUGCUGUUGUCACAACUGCGGUUGGCCAGAUGGCUAUUUCUAAGGGGCGGCAAGGAAGGGAAGCACAAAAUAUUGUUAAGGUCUAUUUGGCAAAUCUACGUCUUAAGGAAGUUGGUACAGAUGUGCUAAUUACUGCAUAUGAGCCCCUUCAUAUAAGCCCUUUGAGUGAAAGUGCCAGCGCAGUUGGCGCUGGUUUAGCUGUUCCUGCCACACAAGCUGGUUGUAUGCCAAUGGCUGAUGUUUUUAGACUGGCAGUUUCUAGCUUUAAAGUUAAUGACUGGAACCUAUUUGGUUCUUCUGUCUAAAUGUGCUUGAGGAAAUUCUUUAUAUAGAGAAAAAUUAUUGGGUAGUCUUGGGGGCUCGACUGAGUUCAUUUUCAGGAAGAAUGUUUUUGAAAGUAGGUGAUGUUACUAUUUAUCUGGAAAAAUGUUUUGGAAGCCGGUUCAAUGGUUCAUAGUUGUAAGAAUGUUUUGAAAGUUUAUGUUACUAUUUAUUUGGAAGAAUGUUUUGGAA